CAUCAGUUUACUUUGAUAGACAAUUUUUUUUAGUAAUUUUGAGAAAGACAUUUGCUAUGACGAGUAUAAAUAAAUAAAAAGUAUGCUGUAUUUAUAAUUACAUAAUAAGAAUAACCUUCCUAAAAUGAGUACGUCGAAACCACUCAAACAAUAACACUGUACUCCUUCAUUGAAAUACCAGAUCCAGGAGUUUUUCUUCCCCUCUACCGGCAUUAAGUUACAGCGAUUGAGAUCAGCGAUUGCAACUAGCAAUAGACGGCUCGAGUUAUUCUGAAAACAAAAUAGGAGAGAAUCAGAAAGUGGCUCUCUGAUGCAUUACGUGAAGCAGAAAAAAAAAUUUCAAGUUAAAAAGCUAAAUUCACAUUGCUCCCGUUUGCUUUCGAUGUGUGUUCGUCACUGCAACCGUAAAUCCAUUUUUUGCUACUAAAGCGCGCAAUAAGUUUGAUUUUUGAUUUUAAGUGCAAUCAUUACCAUCUAAAAAUGAGUAAUAAUAAGUUGACUUUAAACAUAAUCGCAGCAGCAUGUAAUAAUAUGGGUAUAGGAAAUAAAGGACAACUGCCAUGGCGUUUGAAGAAGGAAAUGAAUUUUUUCAAGGAAAAAACUAGUGCAACUGACAAUCCAGAAAAGCAAAAUGCUGUCAUAAUGGGAAGGAAAACAUGGUUCAGUAUCCCAGAAAAAUUUCGUCCUUUGCCUGGAAGAUUAAAUAUUGUAUUAACUACCACACAUCCAGACUUGAAAGGUGCUGAUUAUGUUGCUGACUCAUUUGAAAAAGCUGUUGAGUGGUUGACCUCAUCAGCAAUAAAAGAAAAACUUGACAAAAUAUUUGUCAUUGGAGGUGAAACUGUGUAUAAAAUUGCCAUGGACUCUGACUAUAGCCACAGAAUUUAUCUCACUCGGAUUCAGACUCACUUUGACUGUGAUUCUUUCUUUCCAGCUAUUGAUGACUCUAAAUAUAUGUUAGCUGAAGAACAAGAUGUGCCUCUUGGAAUUCAGGAAGAAAAUGGAGUAACCUAUAAACAUGAAGUAUAUGUAAAUAAGGAUAGCUAAAAUAUAUUAUAAUUCAUCUUGUAAAUUUAAGAUGUUGAAUUCAGAUGAUGUAUCAGGUUUCAAAAUCAAUUUCCUGUUCUUCAUUAUUGAUGAAUACUUAAUGAUAAUCUUUUUAAAUUUAUUAGUUUUUGAGUAUAACUGAUAUUUUUCAGCACACUGCUUUGAAAAUGUGCUUUAAGUGAAGUAUUUUUAAUUUAUUGUUAAUUCCUGAAUGUAAUAGUGGAAAUUUUUUAAAUUCCAGAAUGUGUGCUCUAUUAUAUAUAGCAUAUUGAUUUAUUAUUAUUAUUAUCAUCUUUCCAUUUUAAGGAAUUUUUUACUCAUAGUUCUUAUUGAAAAUAUUGGCUAUCAAAAGGUUUAUCAUUAAAUUAUUAGUUAACAUAUGAUAGAUUUAUUGAAAUAUAAUGGAACACCCCUUAAUGAGAAAUGUUUAUAAUAUUGGAAUAAAAUUCUGUAGAUCAUUAUUUAUAUGUGUUGUAUUUUCAUUAUUAAUAUAUACUGCAAUAUAAAUUUAUAUUAUUAGUAAGACUAGAUUGUUAACUUAAUGAAAACGUAAAUAAAAGAAUAAAUCAAUGACAUAAACAUUUUAUAUUGUAGAUAAGUGUAAAAAUGUUUCUUAAAUACAGAUGGGGCAAAUCUUAGCAAAUAUCAUAAGACAGAGUUAACUGAAUUAUCUAAAAGUGUUGUUUAUUGAAUAUUAAGAACAUUAACAUUUUUUUUAAUUAUAUAUUUAAAUGGUAAUUUUGUGUUCAUAGAAAAAGCUUAAACACUUUUCUCAUCGAGCAUUCAAGUAGCUUCUUAUUUAGAUGAAACUGUUAACCCAAAAUCUUUUAUUCAUCUUCAUUCUGAGGUUUAUUUACUAUCUCAAAUCUGCCUUUAUUGUUUUCAAUUAACAUGGAUGUAAGAUAAGAGAAAAACAAAAGAGGGGGAUAUAAUUUUCAAUAUUCCAUGUAACAGCAAAGAGUCCUUAAUGGCUUUAUAUAACCUUAACAAGAAGUUGUUUAUUGCCUUUACC